AUCAGCUUCAGUUUAUUGCAAACGCUAGGGAAGUCAACUCAAUCAGCAGCAGCCCGUCUCAAUAUGGCAAAUUCCACAGCAAAGCCCAAGUACACGAAGUUGUUCAUCAACAAUGAGUUCGUUGACGCCGUAUCCGGCAAGACCUUUGCCACCCAGAAUCCGGCCACAGGCAAGGAGAUCGUCCAGGUGGCCGAGGGCGACAAGGCUGAUGUGGAUCUAGCUGUGGCUGCUGCCAAGAAGGCCUUCCAUCGUGGCUCCGCCUGGCGUCAGAUGAGUCCGCUGCAGCGCACAAACCUGAUGAACAAACUCUGUGAGCUCAUGGAGCGCGACAAGCACUUCCUGGCCAGCAUUGAGACCCAGGACAAUGGCAAGCCCUUCGCUGAGGCACUCUUCGACGUGACCAUCUCGAUUAUGACGCUGCAGUACUAUGCUGGCUGGACGGACAAGUUCUUCGGGGAUACCAUACCCGCCGGUGGCUUUAUUGCCAUGACGCGCAAGGAGCCGGUGGGCGUGGUGGGUCAGAUAAUACCCUGGAACUAUCCACUGCUGAUGUUGGCCUGGAAGUGGGGUCCCGCCCUGGCCGUCGGCUGCACCAUUGUCAUGAAGCCGGCGGAGCAGACGCCGCUCACAGCCCUCCAUAUGGCCGCCCUGGCCAAGGAGGCGGGCUUCCCAGCGGGCGUCAUCAAUGUGAUAAACGGCUUUGGACCCACUGCGGGCGCUGCUAUCAGUGAGCAUCCCGACAUUGCCAAGGUGGCCUUCACCGGCUCCGUGGACAUUGGACGCAUUGUGAUGCAGGCGGCGGCCACGUCCAAUCUGAAGCGCGUCUCCCUGGAGCUGGGCGGCAAGAGUCCCGUCGUUGUCUUCGAGGAUGCGGAUAUUGACUACGCUGUGGACACCACCCACGAGGCACUGUUCUCCAACCACGGCCAGAGCUGCUGCGCCGGCAGCCGCACCUACGUGCACGAGAAGAUCUACGACAAGUUCGUGGAGAAGGCGGCUGCCAAGGCCAAGGCACGCACCGUGGGCAAUCCCUUCGACGAGAAGGUGCUGCAGGGCCCGCAGAUCGACGAGGAGAUGAUGACCAAGGUCCUCGGCUACAUUGAGAGCGGCAAGCAGCAGGGCGCCAAGCUGCAGGCUGGCGGCAAGCGCAUUGGCAAUGUGGGCUACUUCAUUGAGCCCACCGUCUUCUCCGACGUGAAGGACGAUAUGCGCAUUGCCCAGGAGGAGAUUUUUGGACCCGUUCAGUCCAUCUUCAAGUUCAGCUCCAUUGAGGAGAUAAUCGAGCGGGCCAACAAUGUCAAGUACGGCCUGGCCGCCGGCGUCAUCACCAACGACAUCAACAAGGCCAUGAAGUUCGCCAAUAGCGUCGAUGCCGGCUCCGUGUGGAUCAAUUGCUACGAUGCCGUGCUGCCCCAGACCCCCUUCGGCGGCUACAAGCAGUCGGGCAUUGGUCGCGAGCUGGGAAAGGAUGGCCUGGACAACUAUCUGGAGACGAAGACCAUCACCAUGAAGCUGCUCUAAGCAGGUGGGCAGAGCUUGUAUUUGGAAUAUUUGUAUUUUAUUUGCACCUUUCGGUUCUUUUGGUUAGACUAUUGCAUUUUCCAUUAAAACUAUUCUUCGUACACUAAA